CUCAGAAAACUUCAAGAUCAACACCACAAUCCGACGACGACCCAUUGAAGGAGUGUGGCCAUGCAGCCAAUAGCUCGGUUCGCUCCAAGGCUGUUCUUCGAUGCAAUUGCCGGUACAUCAAAAAGGACGACUCGAUUCGCAGACCGACCUUCACUGAGACCUUCAAUCUGUCUGCAAUGUAGAAUUCGAACCCAACGACGGCUCUUCGCCGAUUCUCCUAAACCUCCUGCCACAUCGGAAAAUACAACCUCACAGUCCCCUCCUUCCCCCUCUCGUCCUCCUUCCUCGAAACAAGAAGAACUUUACUCCAAUGGCGUGUCCGAAGACUUUUCUUCCGAGCUUCCUUCUGCAGAAGAAGGUCGCCGCCUUGCAAUCUCAAAACGCUUUUCGAAAGUCAUGGAUCACCUCCAAGGCAAUAUUUUUGUCGCAUCCCAGCGCAUCAAUGACCUGACUGGCUACUCCGGUAUCGAGGCGUUGAAAGAGCGCAUCGCCGUCCUCGAAAAGCGAGUCUCCGAUGCCCAGGAACUCGUCCGCUCCUCACGCCUGACAUAUAAGACAACCGUCGCAGACAGAGCUUCUACACAGAGGGAAGUAACUACUUUGCUGGCGAGAAAAGACAGCUGGACACCGAGUGACCUGGAGAGAUUCACUGCGCUGUAUCGAAUGGAUCAUAGCAACGAGCAAGCGGUUCAGGAAGCAGCUACAAAACUGGCAGAUGCGGAACGAGAAGCGGAACAUUCAGCGAGUAAACUGAGUAGUAGCAUACUCAGCCGGUACCAUGAAGAGCAGAUUUGGAGUGACAAGAUCCGGAGGAUGAGUACAUGGGGAACUUGGGGGUUGAUGGGCGUCAAUGUCUUGUUGUUUUUGGUGUUCCAGCUGGGCUUCGAGCCUUGGAGGCGGAGGAGAUUGGUGCAUGGCUUUGAAGAGAAGGUCAGGGAGGCGUUGGAAAAGGAGAAGGCAGCUGCCGAGAUGAGACAUGAGAGAAAAGAUGAGGUUGAUCCUGUAUCACUCGAUGCGGUUGUUGCUGCAGGAAUCGAAGAGUUGCAAGAAGAAGUAGACAGUGGUGUGAAGACGUCGGAGCCUGCUGUUGAUGCCAUUGUGGCCUGUAUACAGGGACAAGAGGGAGAACCACAACAAGAGGAAGAGGCCUCACUCGAUUCAGCAGAGAUGCAUGUGCCGACCGCUUUGAUGAUGCUUAGGGAUCAACAAAAGACCUGGACAGCUGCAUUCCAGGAUCUCUUCAGCGAUAAACUCGUGGAGAUGCGAAAACAGGAUAUCACCAUGAUUGCAUUAGAGGGUGCUGCUACUGGGGCAGCUUUGGUCACUAUCAUCGCCACUAUUAUAUUCCGUCAUGCAUAGACGACGAUUAUGUACAAUGUGUAGAUUUGUAUAACAGCAGAAUACCCAUUUGAGAAGAAUAUGUCAAGCAAUGAUGUCUCAGUAUGCACCUGGUCUCUUGCUGUAGCUUGG